AUGUCUUAUCUAGGUCCUAAAUCGUUCAGCACUGCCCCUCUAACCUCCUCCAACCUAGCGUUUUUGAACGAUCUGUCUUCCUCGGAAUUACAUCCCUCCAAAAAUAAUGCCAGUCUUCACGAUAGUCGUAAAGACAACAACUUUAUCACGGAUUCCAACAAGACGAUGGACGACGAGUCUCAAAAUAAGCCACCAACCGGCACACAACCAACCAGCCCUUCUCUUUUAGAAAGUGAAGCCAACAAAGAAGAAAGCGAGACCAUCAAUGACAAAACACAUGCCUCAACCGACUCCUCUUCAAACUCUUUGUCGGCCUUUUCUACAAUAUCAACGACAAAUACUCCCAAAUCAUCAGAAACUUCUAUACACUCAUUAGGCGAAUCCCAUUCCCAUCGAACUCUCAUCGAUUUGAACGAAGAGGAUAACAAAACUGUAAUUCUCACAAGUACGAAUAACACAGUCAGCAAUAAUAGUCCAAAUGCGAACGAGUCUCAGCUGAUUAUACCCUCCUGUCCUAUGAAGACUUAUGAUUUGGUCUCAGUUUCUACCUCAACAGAUUCGGUCAAUGACUACAACAAUAAUAUUCACAACAGCAACGCCCUUUUCGAUGUCGAGAGUAUCUCCAACCCAUCUAGAUUUCCUUUGUUGAGGAAAAAGUCGGGUGAGUUGGUAAAAUCUUCACUAAAGUUAAACUCUCUACAACGAUCAAACUCAAUGCCAAAUGCCAAAUCUGUUAGAUUUGCUUCCAGGUUGGAAAACGUGAAGUUCUUUAAGAAGUCUGAAAGACCAACGGCAGUUUCCAGUAGAUUUGCAGCCCCUCCAAGAACCCACUGGGAAUUCGAUUCAAAUUCCUCUUCGGACAACGACGACAGUGGCUUUCGUCAUGAUGAUGACGGUGAAGACGAUGCUGAAAAUGGUUUCAAGUUGAAUGAAAGCUAUGAAGAUUUUUUGAGCGACGAUGAAAUUGAUUCUGCUUCUAGAUGGAUCAUAACUUCAAAUGAUUGUCCAUAUAAUCCCGUUUCUUUGAAUUUUGCUAAAUUAGGAUCCAAUAAUAACGUUAUUCUCGAAAGUGUAAAGCUGAACUCUUCGGGGAACUCGUUGAUCGGAUUUGUUUAUGUUAAAAAUAUUGCUUUCACGAAGAAAAUCGUUGUCAAAUUAACCUACGAUAAUUGGAAUUCGUUCAUUGAAAUCGAAAAUGCAAACUACAUUUCAUCUAAUCACAUUUUCAAAUACUCAGAUUCAAUUGCCAAUAACUACGAUAAAUUUUCGUUUAUAAUCAAACUUGAUAACUUGAACACCUUUGGGAACAAUCUCACUCUUAUAUUUUGCGUCCAAUACUUAGCUAACAGUAUUUCAUUUUGGGACAAUAAUAACGGAUCAAAUUAUAAGAUUGUUUUGCGAAAGGCUAAUAGUAUUCAAAGCGGCGACAAUAUUGGCGUCGACAAUAGUAUCAAAAACAAGAAAAUGAUUGGGAGAAAAAAUUUCUCUAAUCUACUGGAUAUCGAAGACUCAAAUAUAAAAUUGAAGGACAACAACAAUUUCAUGAAUUCUUCAUCUUGUAAACCGUUGACUACAGACAUGAGCUCCUUGAGGAUUUCAAACUCAUUUGGCUUGAAGAAAAUAAGAUCAGAAUCCUCGAUUCCUUCUAUGAAAUCAAACAUAUUAUCAGAAUUUAAUAAUAAGUCAACCUCUUCUUUGUCAAAUUCCAAAUCGGAAGACCCUGCACCUGUUGCGAUUAAACAAACAAAAGUUCAGUUUUCAAAAUCUGCAAAUGCUUCUCCAGCCUUAAACUCUCCAGCAUUCUAUCCGAGCCCUAAAGAAUUCAAUGAUUAUGACCAUAUCGUUAAACAAUUUUGCUUUUUUUCGACCUCAGAUCAAAAGAAAAGUGGAGGUGGAGUUGGGACUGGACUUUGUGCUACAAACAGCAUUAACGAGCAAAAUUAUCUUGAUGGAUUCAACCAUUCAAAGUCUCAAGCUUCACUGCCUGUGGAUUUAUAA